AUGAGUGACCACACCUUGCCUCCUCUUCCCGUCCCGGGCACCAACAGCACGGAGCAGGCCAGCGUCCCCAAAGCCAUGGCAGCCACGCUGGGAGCCAGCACACCCCCCAGGCCCCAGGCCAGGAGCAUAGCUGGGGUGUAUGUGGAGGCCUCAGGCCAGGCCCAGAGUGUCUACAUUGCCAUGGAGCAGGGCCUUCUGCCUCCUGGGCUUGGGCUGGCUCUGCUAGAGGCCCAGGCGGCCACCGGGGGUCUGGUGGAUCCCACUCAGGGCCAGCUGCUCUCUGUGUCCAAGGCCCUGCAGCAGGGCCUGGUGGGGCUGGAGCUGAAGGAGAAGCUGCUGACCGCUGAGCGUGCCGCUACGGGCUACCCUGACCCCUACGGGGGUGAGAAGCUGGCCCUCUUUCAGGCCAUCGGGAAGGAGGUUGUGGACAGGGCCCUGGGGCAGAGCUGGCUGGAGGCCCAGCUGGCCACUGGGGGCCUGGUGGAUCCCGCCCGGGGCGUGCUUGUGGCCCCUGAGCCAGCCUGCCACCAGGGCCUCCUGGACCGGGAGACAUGGCACAAGCUGUCAGAGCUUGAGGCUGGCACAGGUGUCCUGCGCUUCGUUGACCCCAACACGCUGGAGCAGCUGACAUACCACCAGCUGCUGAAAAGGUGUGUGCAGGCCCCCGGCUCGGGGCUAGCCCUGCUGCCCCUCAAGAUCACCUUCCGCUCUGAGGGCGGGGCAGUGAGUGCAGCUGAGUUGCUGGAGGUGGGCAUCCUAGACGAGGAGACUGUACGGGGUCUGCAGGAGGGCAGGCUGGCCACAGCGGACGUGAGUGCACGUGCCGAGGUGCGGCGCUACCUGGAGGGUACCGGCAGUGUGGCUGGGGUUGUCCUGCUGCCCGAAGGCCAAAAGAAGAGCUUCUUCCAAGCUGCUACCGAGCACCUGCUCCCAAUGGGCACUGCACUGCCACUCCUAGAGGCCCAGGCUGCCACCCACACCCUAGUGGACCCCACCACAGGCCAGCGGCUGUGGGUAGAUGAGGCAGUCAGGGUGGGCCUGGUCAGCCCAGAACUCCACGAGCAGCUCCUGGUGGCCGAGCAGGCCAUGACAGGGUACCACGACCCCUUCAGUGGCUCCCAAAUCCCCCUCUUCCAGGCCAUGAAGAAGGGGCUAGUGGACAGGCCACUGGCACUGCGGCUCCUGGAUGCCCAGUUGGCCACAGGCGGGCUGGUCUGUCCAGCACACAGGCUCCGGCUGCCCCUGGAGGCCGCCCUGCGCUGCGGCUGCCUGGAUGAAGACACUCAGCGACAGCUCUCGCAGGCUGGCGGCUUCUCAGACCCUGGCACGCACGGUGGCCUGCGCUAUGAACAGCUGCUGGCCCGCUGUGUCACUGACCCAGAGACUGGGCUCGCCUUCCUGCCGCUUUCAGGGGGACCCCGGGGAGGGGAGCCCCAGGGACCCCCAUUCAUCAAGUACAGCACUAGGCAGGCCCUGAAUGCAGCCACAACCACCGUCUCCGUGGGGAAGUUCCGGGGCUGGCCCGUGUCCCUCUGGGAGCUGCUCUUCUCUGAGGCCAUCCCCGCAGAGCAGAGGGCAAUGCUGGCCCAGCAGCACCAGGAAGGGACCCUCUCCGUGGAGAAGAUGGCCAUUGAGCUGAGCGCCACCCUCGAGCAGGCUGCAGCCACUGCCAGGGUCACCUUUUCUGGGCUGAGGGACACUGUGACACCAGGAGAGCUGCUGAAAGCCGAGAUCAUCGACCAGGACCUGUACGAGCGGCUGGAACAUGGACAGGCCACAGCCCAGGAUGUGGGCAGCCUGGCCUCGGUGCAGAGGUACCUGCAGGGCACAGGCUGCAUUGCUGGCCUGCUGCUCCCUGGCUCCCAGGAACGCCUGAGCAUCUAUGAGGCCCGACGCAAGGGGCUCCUCCGGCCCGGCACUGCCCUCAUCCUUCUGGAGGCACAAGCUGCCACGGGCUUCAUCAUCGACCCGAAAGCAAACAAGGGGCACUCCGUUGAGGAGGCACUGAGGGCUGGUGUCAUUGGGCCCGAUGUGUUCGCGAAGCUGCUGUCGGCCGAGCGCGCUGUCACCGGCUACACCGACCCCUACACCGGGCAGCGAAUCUCUCUCUUCCAGGCCAUGCAGAAGGACCUCAUCGUCCGGGAGCACGGCAUCCGCCUGCUGGAGGCCCAGAUUGCCACGGGCGGCGUCAUUGACCCCGUGCACAGCCACCGCGUGCCUGUGGACGUGGCCUACCGGCGUGGCUACUUCGAUCAGAUGCUGAACUUGAUCCUGUUGGACCCUUCUGAUGACACCAAGGGCUUCUUCGACCCCAACACACAUGAGAACCUCACGUACCUGCAGCUUCUGGAGCGCUGCGUGCAUGACCCCGAGACGGGCCUGUACCUCCUGCCACUUAGCGGCACGCAGUCCCCGCUAGUGGAUGGUGCCACCCGGCAGGCCUUCCAGAACCUGCUGCUCUCUGUGAAGUACGGGCGGUUUCGGGGGCAGAGGGUCUCUGCGUGGGAGCUGGUCAACUCUGAGUACUUCAGCGAGGGCCGCAGGAGGCAGCUGCUGCGUGGCUACCGGCGGCGUGAGGUCACGCUGGGGCAGGUGGCACAGCUGCUGGAGGCGGAGACGCAGAGACAGGCGGACGUCAUGCUGCCCACGCUGCGGGGCCAGGUCACCGUCCACCAGCUCCUGGAGGCCUGUAUCAUUGACCAGCACCUGUUGGACCAAGUGCUGGCCAGGACAGUCAGCCCCGAGGCACUCCUACUCAUGGACGGCGUCCGCAGGUACCUGUGCGGCCUGGGAGCUGUGGGCGGCGUGCGACUGCUGCCCUCCGGCCAGCGGCUCAGCCUCUAUCAGGCCAUGAGGCGGAAGCUGCUGGGGCCCAGUGUGGCUCUGGCCCUGCUAGAGGCUCAGGCAGCCACCGGAGCCAUCGUGGACCCUCACAGCCUGGAGAGCCUCUCGGUGGAUGAGGCCGUGCGCAGGGGUGUGGUGGGGCCGGAGCUGUAUGGCAGGCUGAAGCGGGCUGAGGGUGCCAUCACUGGCUUCAGAGACCCCUUCUCUGGGAAGCAGGUGUCUCUGUUCCAGGCCAUGAAGAAAGGUCUCAUCUCUUGGGAGCAAGCUGCCCGCCUCCUGGAGGCUCAGGUGGCCACGGGAGGGGUCAUUGACCCCACUGGCCACCACCACCUCCCCAUGCCAGUGGCCGUUCAGCGUGGCUGUGUUGACCAGGAGAUGGAGACAGCCUUGUCCAGCUCCUCCGAGACCUUCCCCACACCAGACGGCCGGGGGCACACCAGCUAUGCCAGGCUCCUGGAGCAGUGCCCCAGGGAUGAGGCUUCUGGCCUUCACCUCCUGCCCCUGCCAGAAAGUGCUCCUGCCCUCCCCACCGAGGAGCAAGUCCAGAAGAGCCUGCAGGCCAUGCCGGGGGCUGAGGACGGCACAUCCCUCUGGGACCUGCUCAGCUCCUGCCACUUCACUGAGGAGCAACGGAGGGGCAUGCUGGAGGAUGUGCAGGAGGGGAGGACCACUGUGCCACAGCUGUUAGCCUCUGUACAGAGGUGGCUACAGGAGACCAAGCUCCUGGCCCAAACCCACAUCAUGGUGCCCGGCCCGCGGGGUGAGGUUCCUGCCAUCUGGCUGCUGGAUGCUGGCAUCAUCACCCAGGAGACCCUUGAGGCCCUGGCUCAGGGCACGCAGUCACCUGCCCAGGUCGCUGAGCAGCCGGCAGUGAAGGCCUGCCUGUGGGGCACAGGCUGCGUGGCCGGUGUGCUGCUGCAGCCCUCUGGGGCCAAGCUCAGUAUCGCCCAGGCCAUGAAGGAUAGCCUCCUGCCCACAGGCCUGGGCCAGAGGCUGCUGGAAGCCCAGGUGGCAUCUGGCUUCCUUGUCGAUCCCCUGAACAACCAGAGACUGUCGGUGGAGGACGCAGUUAAGGUCGGCCUGGUGGGUAGGGAGCUGAGUGAGCAGCUUGGGCAGGCCGAGAGGGCAGUGGCUGGCUACCCAGAUCCCUACUCUGGGGGCUCCCUCUCUCUGUGGCAGGCCAUGGAGAAGGGGCUUGUGCCACAGAACGAGGGCUUGCCCCUCCUGCAGGUGCAGCUGGCCACAGGGGGUGUGGUGGACCCUGUCCACGGGGUGCACCUGCCCCAGGCAGCAGCCUGCAAACUCGGCCUUCUGGACACACAGACGAGCCAGGUGCUAACAGCAGUUGACAAGGACAACAAGUUCUUCUUUGACCCCAGUGCGCGGGACCAGGUGACCUACCAGCAGCUCAGGGAGCGCUGUGUGUGCGACUCCGAGACUGGUUUGUUGCUGCUGCCACUGCCCUCAGACACAGCACUUGAGGUGGACGACCACACCGUGGUGGCUCUUAGGGCCAUGAAGGUGCCCGUCAGCACAGGGAGGUUUAAGGGGUGUAGUGUGUCGCUCUGGGACCUGCUGCUCUCCGAGUACGUCUGUGCUGACAAGCGGCGGGAGCUGGUGGCACUCUGUCGGUCUGGGAGGGCUGCAGCCCUGCGGCAGGUGGUCAGCGUGGUCACUGCCCUGGUCGAGGAUGCAGAGAGGCAGCCCCUGCAGGCCACCUUCAGAGGGCUCCGGAAGCAGGUGUCAGCCAGGGACCUGUUCAGGGCACAGCUGAUCAGCAGGAAGACACUGGACGAGCUGAGCCAGGGGACGAUGACAGUGAAGGAGGUGGCGGAGAUGGAGAGCGUGAGGCAGUCCCUGGAGGGAGGCAAUUUCAUUGCCGGGGUCCUUGUGCAGGGCACCCAGGAGAGGAUGAGCAUCCCAGAAGCCCUGAGGAGGCACAUCCUGCGGCCUGGCACAGCUCUGGUACUGCUGGAGGCACAGGCAGCUACCGGCUUCAUCAUCGACCCCGUGGAGAACCAGAAGCUGACCGUGGAGGAAGCGUUCAAAGCAGGGAUGUUCGGCAAAGAAACCUACGUGAAGCUGCUGUCGGCCGAGCGCGCCGUUACUGGCUACACUGACCCCUACACCGGGCAGCAGAUCUCCCUCUUCCAGGCCAUGCAGAAAGGCCUCAUCAUCCGGGAGCACGGCAUCCGCCUGCUGGAGGCCCAGAUCGCCACAGGCGGCAUCAUCGACCCCGUGCACAGCCACCGUGUGCCCGUGGACGUGGCCUACCGGUGUGGUUACUUUGAUGAGGAGCUGAACCGCGUCCUGGCAGACCCCAGUGACGACACCAAGGGCUUCUUCGACCCCAACACACAUGAGAACCUCACGUACCUGCAGCUUCUGGAGCGCUGCGUGGAGGACCCCAAGACGGGCCUGUACCUGCUACAAAUCAUAAAGAAAGGAGAAACUUAUGUGUACAUCAGUGAGACCAUGAGACACGAGUUGCAAUCCAGAACUGCAAAAAUGCGCGUGGGGAGGUUUGCUGACCAGGUGGUCUCUUUCUGGGACUUGCUGUUCUCUCCAUACUUCACAGAGGACAGGAAGCGGGACCUCAUCCAGGAGUAUGGAACCCAGAGUGGGGGCCUGGAGAAAUUGCUGGAAAUCAUCACCAAGACAAUUGAAGAAACAGAGACGCAAAACCAAGGCAUCAAGGUGGCGGCCAUCAGAGGGGAGGUGACAGCUGCAGAGCUGUUCAACUCCGGGGUCAUCGAUCUGAAGACCCUGCACACACUUCGUGCGGGGAGGACUGGGGGACAAGCACUCAGCACACUGGAGUGUGUAAAGCCUUACCUGGAAGGCAGUGGCUACAUUGCAGGGGUGAUGGUGCCCUCCACCAGGGAGGUCAUGAGCCUUCAUGAGGCCAGCAGGAAGGAGCUCAUCCCUGUAGGAUUUGCGACUUGGCUGCUGGAGGCACAGGCCGCGACUGGGUUCCUCCUGGACCCCUGCACCCACCAGAGGCUCUCCGUGGACGAGGCUGUGGAUGUGGGCCUGGUGAGCGAGGAGCUGCGGGAGAGGCUCCUGAGGGCCGAAAGGGCUGCCACGGGCUACAGGGAUCCAGCUACGGGAGACACAAUCCCGCUGUUCCAGGCCAUGCAGAAGCAGCUCAUUGAGAAGGCAGAGGCACUGAGGCUGCUGGAGGUGCAGGUGGCCACGGGGGGUGUCAUCGACCCAUGGCACCACCACCGGCUCCCACUGGAAACCGCCUACAGACGUGGCUGUUUGAAAGAGGACAUCUAUGCGCUCAUUUCUAACGAGAAGCACAUGAGGAAACGGUUUGUGGACCCGAACACGCAGGAGAAGGUCUCCUACCGAGAGCUGCAGGAGAGGUGCCGCCCGCAAGAGGACACUGGCUGGCUGCUCUUCCCAGUGAACAAGGAUGCACGGAACUCCGACUACAUAGACGACGAGACAAGAAGGGCCCUGGAGGCAGAGAAAGUGGAAAUAACAGUGGGAAGGUUCAGAGGUAAGAAGCCAACACUGUGGGCACUGCUGAAUUCAGAAUACGUGACGGAGGAGAAGAAGCUCCAGCUGGUGAGGAUGUACAGAAUGGACACGAGCCGGGCACUGCAGAAGGUAGCACAUCAGAUCUCAGACAUGAUUGAGAAGCAUGAAAACAGCAACAAACAACUGUGGUUCCAAGGAAUUAGAAGACAGAUCACAGCCUCUGAACUCCUCAGCUCAGCCAUAAUCACGGAGGAAAUGCUCCGGGACCUGGAAACAGGGCGGAGCACAACACAAGAGCUCAGGGAGGACGACCGCAUCAAGCGCUACCUGGAGGGCACCAGCUGCAUCGCGGGCGUCCUGGUGCCCCCCAAGGACAAACCCGGCCGCCAGGAGAAGAUGAGCAUCUACCAGGCCAUGUGGAAGGGCAUGCUGCGGCCGGGCACGGCCCUGGUGCUGCUGGAGGCGCAGGCGGCCACCGGCUUCGUCAUCGACCCUGUGCGCAACCUGAGGCUGUCCGUGGAGGAGGCCGUGGCCACGGGCGUGGUGGGCGGCGAGAUCCAGGAGAAGCUGCUGUCGGCCGAGCGCGCCGUCACCGGCUACACCGACCCCUACACCGGGCAACAGAUCUCCCUCUUCCAGGCCAUGCAGAAGGACCUCAUCGUCCGGGAGCACGGCAUCCGCCUGCUGGAGGCCCAGAUCGCCACGGGCGGCGUCAUCGACCCCGUGCACAGCCACCGCGUGCCCGUGGACGUGGCCUACCGGCGAGGCUACUUCGACGAGGAGAUGAACCGCGUCCUGGCGGACCCCAGCGACGACACCAAGGGCUUCUUCGACCCCAACACGCACGAGAACCUCACGUACGUGCAGCUGCUGCGCCGCUGCGUGCGCGACCCGGACACCGGGCUCUACAUGCUGCAGCUGGCAGGCCAGGGCUCCGCCGUGCACCAGCUGAGCGAGGAGCUGCGCUGUGCCCUGCGGGACGCCCGCGUGACGCCAGGCUCGGGUGCCCUCCGGGGCCAGAGCGUCUCCGUCUGGGAGCUCCUCUUCUACCGCGAGGUGUCCGAGGACCGGCGCCAGGACCUGCUAAGCAGAUACCGGGCGGGCACGCUGAGCGUGGAGGAGCUGGGCGCCACCCUCACCUCGCUGCUGGCCCAGGCCGAGGCCGGGAGCCCGCGCAGAGACGCCCGGGAGGCCCUGUGUGCAGCCACCAUGGAGGUCAAGGUGGGCCGCCUCCGGGGGCGCGCAGUGCCUGUGUGGGACGUGCUGGCGUCCGGCUACGUGAGCGGGGCCGCCCGGGAGGAGCUGCUGGCCGAGUUUGGCUCGGGGACUCUGGCCUUGCCCGCACUGACCCGCCGGCUGACCGCCAUCAUCGAGGAGGCCGAGGAGGCCCCCAGGGCCCGGCCGCAGCUCCAGGACGCUUCGCGCGGCCCGCGGGAGCCAGGGCCAGCCGGGCAAGGGGACGGCGACUCGGGGCGCUCCCCGGGCAAGGGCGAGGGUGAGGCUGAGGAGGCCGCUGCCGCCGCCCGCCGCCAGGAGCAGACCCUGCGUGGUGCCACCAUGGAGGUGCAGCGCGGGCAGUUCCAGGGGCGGCCAGUCUCCGUCUGGGACGUCCUCUUCUCCUCAUACGUGAGCGAGGCCCGCCGAGACGAGCUUCUGGCCCAGCACGCGGCCGGCCUCCUGGGCCUGCCCGACCUCGUCACCGUCCUCACCCAGGUCAUCGAGGAGACCGAGGAGCGGCUCAGCAAGGUGUCCUUUCGAGGCCUGAGGCGCCAGGUGUCCGCCUCCGAGCUGCACACGUCUGGGAUCCUGGGCCCCGAGACCCUGCGGGACCUGGCCCAGGGCACUAAGACGCUGCAGGAGGUGACGGAGAUGGACUCGGUCAAGCGCUACCUGGAGGGCACCAGCUGCAUCGCGGGCGUCCUGGUGCCCACCAAGGACAAACCCGGCCGCCAGGAGAAGAUGAGCAUCUACCAGGCCAUGUGGAAGGGCGUGCUGCGGCCGGGCACGGCCCUGGUGCUGCUGGAGGCGCAGGCGGCCACCGGCUUCGUCAUCGACCCCGUGCGCAACCUGAGGCUGUCGGUGGAGGAGGCCGUGGCCGCGGGCGUGGUGGGCGGCGAGAUCCAGGAGAAGCUGCUGUCGGCCGAGCGCGCCGUCACCGGCUACACCGACCCCUACACCGGGCAGCAGAUCUCCCUCUUCCAGGCCAUGAAGAAGGACCUCAUCGUCCGGGAGCACGGCAUCCGCCUGCUGGAGGCCCAGAUCGCCACGGGCGGCGUCAUCGACCCCGUGCACAGCCACCGCGUGCCCGUGGACGUGGCCUACCGGCGCGGCUACUUCGACGAGGAGAUGAACCGCGUCCUGGCGGACCCCAGCGACGACACCAAGGGCUUCUUCGACCCCAACACGCACGAGAACCUCACGUACGUGCAGCUGCUGCGCCGCUGCGUGCGCGACCCGGACACCGGGCUCUACAUGCUGCAGCUGGCAGGCCAGGGCUCCGCCGUGCACCAGCUGAGCGAGGAGCUGCGCUGUGCCCUGCGGGACGCCCGCGUGACCCCAGGCUCGGGCGCCCUCCGGGGCCAGAGCGUCUCCGUCUGGGAGCUCCUCUUCUACCGCGAGGUGUCCGAGGACCGGCGCCAGGACCUGCUAAGCAGAUACCGGGCGGGCACGCUGAGCGUGGAGGAGCUGGGCGCCACCCUCACCUCGCUGCUGGCCCAGGCCGAGGCCGGGAGCCCGCGCAGAGACGCCCGGGAGGCCCUGUGUGCAGCCACCAUGGAGGUCAAGGUGGGCCGCCUCCGGGGGCGCGCAGUGCCUGUGUGGGACGUGCUGGCGUCCGGCUACGUGAGCGGGGCCGCCCGGGAGGAGCUGCUGGCCGAGUUUGGCUCGGGGACUCUGGCCUUGCCCGCACUGACCCGCCGGCUGACCGCCAUCAUCGAGGAGGCCGAGCAGGCCCCCGGGGCCCGGCCGCAGCUCCAGGACGCUUCGCGCGGCCCGCGGGAGCCAGGGCCAGCCUGGCAAGGGGACGGCGACUCGGGGCGCUCCCCGGGCGAGGGGGAGGGUGAGGCUGAGGAGGCCGCUGCCGCCGCCCGCCGCCAGGAGCAGACCCUGCGUGGUGCCACCAUGGAGGUGCAGCGCGGGCAGUUCCAGGGGCGGCCGGUCUCCGUCUGGGAUGUCCUCUUCUCCUCAUACGUGAGCGAGGCCCGCCGAGACGAGCUCCUGGCCCAGCACGCGGCCGGCCUCCUGGGCCUGCCCGACCUCGUCACCGUCCUCACCCAGGUCAUCGAGGAGACCGAGGAGCGGCUCAGCAAGGUGUCCUUUCGAGGCCUGAGGCGCCAGGUGUCCGCCUCCGAGCUGCACACGUCUGGGAUCCUGGGCCCCGAGACCCUGCGGGACCUGGCCCAGGGCACUAAGACGCUGCAGGAGGUGACGGAGAUGGACUCGGUCAAGCGCUACCUGGAGGGCACCAGCUGCAUCGCGGGCGUCCUGGUGCCCACCAAGGACAAACCCGGCCGCCAGGAGAAGAUGAGCAUCUACCAGGCCAUGUGGAAGGGGGUGCUGCGGCCGGGCACGGCCCUGGUGCUGCUGGAGGCGCAGGCGGCCACCGGCUUCGUCAUCGACCCCGUGCGCAACCUGAGGCUGUCGGUGGAGGAGGCCGUGGCCGCGGGCGUGGUGGGCGGCGAGAUCCAGGAGAAGCUGCUGUCGGCCGAACGCGCCGUCACCGGCUACACCGACCCCUACACCGGGCAGCAGAUCUCCCUCUUCCAGGCCAUGCAGAAGGACCUCAUUGUCCGGGAGCACGGCAUCCGCCUGCUGGAGGCCCAGAUCGCCACGGGCGGCGUCAUCGACCCCGUGCACAGCCACCGCGUGCCCGUGGACGUGGCCUACCGGCGCGGCUACUUCGACGAGGAGAUGAACCGCGUCCUGGCGGACCCCAGCGACGACACCAAGGGCUUCUUCGACCCCAACACGCACGAGAACCUCACGUACGUGCAGCUGCUGCGCCGCUGCGUGCGCGACCCGGACACAGGGCUCUACAUGCUGCAGCUGGCAGGCCAGGGCUCCGCCGUGCACCAGCUGAGCGAGGAGCUGCGCUGUGCCCUGCGGGACGCCCGCGUGACCCCAGGCUCGGGCGCCCUCCGGGGCCAGAGCGUCUCCGUCUGGGAGCUCCUCUUCUACCGCGAGGUGUCCGAGGACCGGCGCCAGGACCUACUAAGCAGAUACCGGGCGGGCACGCUGAGCGUGGAGGAGCUGGGCGCCACCCUCACCUCGCUGCUGGUCCAGGCGCAGGCCGAGGCCGGGAGCCCGCGCCCAGACCCCCAGGAGGCCCUGCGUGCAGCCACCAUGGAGGUCAAGGUGGGCCGCCUCCGGGGGCGCGCGGUGCCCGUGUGGGACGUGCUGGCGUCCGGCUACGUGAGCGGGGCCGCCCGGGAGGAGCUGCUGGCCGAGUUUGGCUCGGGGACUCUGGCCUUGCCCGCACUGACCCGCCGGCUGACUGCCAUCAUCGAGGAGGCCGAGGAGGCCCCAGGGGCCCGGCCGCAGCUCCAGGACGCCUCGUGCGGCCCGCGGGAGCUAGGGCCAGCCGGGCAAGGGGACGGCGACUCGGGGCGCUCCCCGGGCCAGGGCGAGGGUGAGGGCGAGGCCGAGGAGGCUGCUGUCGCCGCCCGCCACCAGGAGCAGACCCUGCGUGGUGCCACCAUGGAGGUGCAGCGCGGGCAGUUCCAGGGGCGGCCGGUCUCCGUCUGGGACGUCCUCUUCUCCUCGUACCUGAGCGAGGCCCGCCGAGACGAGCUCCUGGCCCAGCACGCGGCCGGCAUCCUGGGCCUGCCUGACCUCAUCACCGUCCUCACCCGGGUCAUCGAGGAGACCGAGGAGCGGCUCAGCAAGGUGUCCUUUCGAGGCCUGAGGCGCCAGGUGUCCGCCUCCGAGCUGCACACGUCUGGGAUCCUGGGCCCCGAGACCCUGCGGGACCUGGCCCAGGGCACUAAGACGCUGCAGGAGGUGACGGAGAUGGACUCGGUCAAGCGCUACCUGGAGGGCACCAGCUGCAUCGCGGGCGUCCUGGUGCCCGCCAAGGACAAACCCGGCCGCCAGGAGAAGAUGAGCAUCUACCAGGCCAUGUGGAAGGGCGUGCUGCGGCCGGGCACGGCCCUGGUGCUGCUGGAGGCGCAGGCGGCCACCGGCUUCGUCAUCGACCCCGUGCGCAACCUGAGUCUGUCCGUGGAGGAGGCCGUGGCCGCGGGCGUGGUGGGCGGCGAGAUCCAGGAGAAGCUGCUGUCGGCCGAGCGCGCCGUCACCGGCUACACCGACCCCUACACCGGGCAGCAGAUCUCCCUCUUCCAGGCCAUGCAGAAGGACCUCAUCGUCCGGGAGCACGGCAUCCGCCUGCUGGAGGCCCAGAUCGCCACGGGCGGCGUCAUCGACCCCGUGCACAGCCACCGCGUGCCCGUGGACGUGGCCUACCGGCGCGGCUACUUCGACGAGGAGAUGAACCGCGUCCUGGCGGACCCCAGCGACGACACCAAGGGCUUCUUCGACCCCAACACACACGAGAACCUCACGUACGUGCAGCUGCUGCGCCGCUGCGUGCGCGACCCGGACACCGGGCUCUACAUGCUGCAGCUGGCAGGCCAGGGCUCCGCCGUGCACCAGCUGAGCGAGGAGCUGCGCUGUGCCCUGCGGGACGCCCGCGUGACCCCAGGCUCGGGCGCCCUCCGGGGCCAGAACGUCUCCAUCUGGGAGCUCCUCUUCUACCGCGAGGUGUCCGAGGACCGGCGCCAGGACCUACUAAGCAGAUACCGGGCGGGCACGCUGAGCGUGGAGGAGCUGGGCGCCACCCUCACCUCGCUGCUGGUCCAGGCGCAGGCCGAGGCCGGGAGCCCGCGCCCAGACCCCCAGGAGGCCCUGCGUGCAGCCACCAUGGAGGUCAAGGUGGGCCGCCUCCGGGGGCGCGCGGUGCCCGUGUGGGACGUGCUGGCGUCCGGCUACGUGAGCGGGGCCGCCCGGGAGGAGCUGCUGGCCGAGUUUGGCUCGGGGACUCUGGCCUUGCCCGCACUGACCCGCCGGCUGACUGCCAUCAUCGAGGAGGCCGAGGAGGCCCCAGGGGCCCGGCCGCAGCUCCAGGACGCCUCGUGCGGCCCGCGGGAGCUAGGGCCAGCCGGGCAAGGGGACGGCGACUCAGGGCACUCCCCGGGCCAGGGCCAGGGUGAGGGCGAGGCCGAGGAGGCUACUGUCGCCGCCCGCCACCAGGAGCAGACCCUGCGUGGUGCCACCAUGGAGGUGCAGCGCGGGCAGUUCCAGGGGCGGCCGGUCUCCGUCUGGGACGUCCUCUUCUCCUCGUACCUGAGCGAGGCCCGCCGAGACGAGCUCCUGGCCCAGCACGCGGCCGGCAUCCUGGGCCUGCCCGACCUCGUCACCGUCCUCACCCGGGUCAUCGAGGAGACCGAGGAGCGGCUCAGCAAGGUGUCCUUUCGAGGCCUGAGGCGCCAGGUGUCCGCCUCCGAGCUGCACACGUCUGGGAUCCUGGGCCCCGAGACCCUGCGGGACCUGGCCCAGGGCACUAAGACGCUGCAGGAGGUGACAGAGAUGGACUCGGUCAAGCGCUACCUGGAGGGCACCAGCUGCAUCGCCGGCGUCCUGGUGCCCGCCAAGGACAAACCCGGCCGCCAGGAGAAGAUGAGCAUCUACCAGGCCAUGUGGAAGGGCGUGCUGCGGCCGGGCACGGCCCUGGUGCUGCUGGAGGCGCAGGCGGCCACCGGCUUCGUCAUCGACCCCGUGCGCAACCUGAGGCUGUCCGUGGAGGAGGCCGUGGCCGCGGGCGUGGUGGGCGGCGAGAUCCAGGAGAAGCUGCUGUCGGCCGAGCGCGCCGUCACCGGCUACACCGACCCCUACACCGGGCAGCAGAUCUCCCUCUUCCAGGCCAUGCAGAAGGACCUCAUCGUCCGGGAGCACGGCAUCCGCCUGCUGGAGGCCCAGAUCGCCACGGGCGGCGUCAUCGACCCCGUGCACAGCCACCGCGUGCCCGUGGACGUGGCCUACAGGCGCGGCUACUUCGACGAGGAGAUGAACCGCGUCCUGGCGGACCCCAGCGACGACACCAAGGGCUUCUUCGACCCCAACACGCACGAGAACCUCACGUACGUGCAGCUGCUGCGCCGCUGCGUGCGCGACCCGGACACAGGGCUCUACAUGCUGCAGCUGGCAGGCCAGGGCUCCGCCGUGCACCAGCUGAGCGAGGAGCUGCGCUGUGCCCUGCGGGACGCCCGCGUGACGCCAGGCUCGGGCGCCCUCCGGGGCCAGAGCGUCUCCAUCUGGGAGCUCCUCUUCUACCGCGAGGUGUCCGAGGACCGGCGCCAGGACCUACUAAGCAGAUACCGGGCGGGCACGCUGAGCGUGGAGGAGCUGGGCGCCACCCUCACCUCGCUGCUGGUCCAGGCGCAGGCCGAGGCCGGGAGCCCGCGCCCAGACCCCCAGGAGGCCCUGCGUGCAGCCACCAUGGAGGUCAAGGUGGGCCGCCUCCGGGGGCGCGCGGUGCCCGUGUGGGACGUGCUGGCGUCCGGCUACGUGAGCGGGGCCGCCCGGGAGGAGCUGCUGGCCGAGUUUGGCUCGGGGACUCUGGCCUUGCCCGCACUGACCCGCCGGCUGACUGCCAUCAUCGAGGAGGCCGAGGAGGCCCCAGGGGCCCGGCCGCAGCUCCAGGACGCCUCGCGCGGCCCGCGGGAGCUAGGGCCAGCCGGGCAAGGGGACGGCGACUCGGGGCGCUCCCCGGGCCAGGGCGAGGGUGAGGGCGAGGCCGAGGAGGCUGCUGUCGCCGCCCGCCACCAGGAGCAGACCCUGCGUGGUGCCACCAUGGAGGUGCAGCGCGGGCAGUUCCAGGGGCGGCCGGUCUCCGUCUGGGACGUCCUCUUCUCCUCGUACCUGAGCGAGGCCCGCCGAGACGAGCUCCUGGCCCAGCAUGCGGCCGGCAUCCUGGGCCUGCCCGACCUCAUCACCGUCCUCACCCGGGUCAUCGAGGAGACCGAGGAGCGGCUCAGCAAGGUGUCCUUUCGAGGCCUGAGGCGCCAGGUGUCCGCCUCCGAGCUGCACACGUCUGGGAUCCUGGGCCCCGAGACCCUGCGGGACCUGGCCCAGGGCACUAAGACGCUGCAGGAGGUGACGGAGAUGGACUCGGUCAAGCGCUACCUGGAGGGCACCAGCUGCAUCGCGGGCGUCCUGGUGCCCGCCAAGGACGAACCCGGCCGCCAGGAGAAGAUGAGCAUCUACCAGGCCAUGUGGAAGGGCGUGCUGCGGCCGGGCACGGCCCUGGUGCUGCUGGAGGCGCAGGCGGCCACCGGCUUCGUCAUCGACCCCGUGCGCAACCUGAGGCUGUCCGUGGAGGAGGCCGUGGCCGCGGGCGUGGUGGGCGGCGAGAUCCAGGAGAAGCUGCUGUCGGCCGAGCGCGCCGUCACCGGCUACACCGACCCCUACACCGGGCAGCAGAUCUCCCUCUUCCAGGCCAUGCAGAAGGACCUCAUCGUCCGGGAGCACGGCAUCCGCCUGCUGGAGGCCCAGAUCGCCACGGGCGGCGUCAUCGACCCCGUGCACAGCCACCGCGUGCCCGUGGACGUGGCCUACAGGCGCGGCUACUUCGACGAGGAGAUGAACCGCGUCCUGGCGGACCCCAGCGACGACACCAAGGGCUUCUUCGACCCCAACACGCACGAGAACCUCACGUACGUGCAGCUGCUGCGCCGCUGCGUGCGCGACCCGGACACAGGGCUCUACAUGCUGCAGCUGGCAGGCCAGGGCUCCGCCGUGCACCAGCUGAGCGAGGAGCUGCGCUGUGCCCUGCGGGACACCCGCGUGACGCCAGGCUCGGGCGCCCUCCGGGGCCAGAGCGUCUCCGUCUGGGAGCUCCUCUUCUACCGCGAGGUGUCCGAGGACCGGCGCCAGGACCUACUAAGCAGAUACCGGGCGGGCACGCUGAGCGUGGAGGAGCUGGGCGCCACCCUCACCUCGCUGCUGGUCCAGGCGCAGGCCGAGGCCGGGAGCCCGCGCCCAGACCCCCAGGAGGCCCUGCGUGCAGCCACCAUGGAGGUCAAGGUGGGCCGCCUCCGGGGGCGCGCGGUGCCCGUGUGGGACGUGCUGGCGUCCGGCUACGUGAGCGGGGCCGCCCGGGAGGAGCUGCUGGCCGAGUUUGGCUCGGGGACUCUGGCCUUGCCCGCACUGACCCGCCGGCUGACUGCCAUCAUCGAGGAGGCCGAGGAGGCCCCAGGGGCCCGGCCGCAGCUCCAGGACGCCUCGCGCGGCCCGCGGGAGCUAGGGCCAGCCGGGCAAGGGGACGGCGACUCAGGGCGCUCCCCGGGCCAGGGCGAGGGUGAGGGCGAGGCCGAGGAGGCUGCUGUCGCCGCCCGCCACCAGGAGCAGACCCUGCGUGGUGCCACCAUGGAGGUGCAGCGCGGGCAGUUCCAGGGGCGGCCGGUCUCCGUCUGGGACGUCCUCUUCUCCUCGUACCUGAGCGAGGCCCGCCGAGACGAGCUCCUGGCCCAGCAUGCGGCCGGCAUCCUGGGCCUGCCCGACCUCAUCACCGUCCUCACCCGGGUCAUCGAGGAGACCGAGGAGCGGCUCAGCAAGGUGUCCUUUCGAGGCCUGAGGCGCCAGGUGUCCGCCUCCGAGCUGCACACGUCUGGGAUCCUGGGCCCCGAGACCCUGCGGGACCUGGCCCAGGGCACUAAGACGCUGCAGGAGGUGACGGAGAUGGACUCGGUCAAGCGCUACCUGGAGGGCACCAGCUGCAUCGCGGGCGUCCUGGUGCCCGCCAAGGACGAACCCGGCCGCCAGGAGAAGAUGAGCAUCUACCAGGCCAUGUGGAAGGGCGUGCUGCGGCCGGGCACGGCCCUGGUGCUGCUGGAGGCGCAGGCGGCCACCGGCUUCGUCAUCGACCCCGUGCACAACCUGAGGCUGUCCGUGGAGGAGGCCGUGGCCGCGGGCGUGGUGGGCGGCGAGAUCCGGGAGAAGCUGCUGUCGGCCGAGCGCGCCGUCACCGGCUACACCGACCCCUACACCGGGCAGCAGAUCUCCCUCUUCCAGGCCAUGCAGAAGGACCUCAUCGUCCGGGAGCACGGCAUCCGCCUGCUGGAGGCCCAGAUCGCCACGGGCGGCGUCAUCGACCCCGUGCACAGCCACCGCGUGCCCGUGGACGUGGCCUACCGGCGCGGCUACUUCGACGAGGAGAUGAACCGCGUCCUGGCGGACCCCGGCGAUGACACCAAGGGCUUCUUCGACCCCAACACGCACGAGAACCUCACGUACGUGCAGCUGCUGCAGAGGGCCACUCUUGACCCUGAGACAGGGCUCCUGUUUCUUUCUCUCUCUCUGAAGUGACUGGGCUUCCUCUGCAAUUUUCUGCAACUCUGGAGAAGCUGUGGCGUAAUCUAGUGUCUGUUUUUUUUUUUCUCAUUCUUUGAUUUUCUUGUUUUACCCGUUGGUUAUCUGUGGAAAAGGUUUUAAGUUAUUAUGUGACAGUAACUUUUUCUUUGUCCAUCAAAGUGUUUCAUAAUUUUUUUGGUGUGUUGUCUGAGUCCUCUCCGUGUCAUUUGGUUUUACUUUUCACUCCUUUUUGAUUUUCAGAAUAUUUUUCUGUCCAUUUUGGAUUCCCUGUCCCCAUUUUACGGAAGGUCACUCUUUAGACUCUCAGUCCAUCGUGCCGUCAGGUGCUCUUUUGUUGCUAUGUGAUUCUUGUUACAUGCAGUUAUCUCCCUUAUGAUGUGCUCUUCAUGUUCAUUGUCAAACUCAUUUUCCAUCAGACAUCUACUAUUUAGUUCUCUGGCUCAAUUUCAGUCCUCCUCCCCGGCCUUUUCACCUGCUGCUGUGCCAGCCCAAAGCAUGGGCGUUAUUCUGCUGGCUGCUCCACCUUAGAGGUCCGACCUCACCAGCACUGACUGAGAGCGUCUGUUGUGGAGAAGUACCUUUGGUAGUAAUUUACUAGGAAAAAUUCUGAACACAUAAGACACAAAUGAAACUCUUGUGUUUGAUUUCAGGUUUUUGAAGGUUCAAUCACCAAUCUUCAUACCCUUAAUACAACCUUCAUACCCUUAAACAAGGGAAGUAAGCCGUCCAAAAUCCAGGGUUCCCAGCGCCAUAUCUCAGAAUCGUAUGCACAGAGAUUGCAGUUAAGUCUUGCUCAAAGAUUCCUGGGAGAACCAAGAAGUUUCGUUGUUAAUAGAAGUGUGGCGAUUCUAGCAGGUGACAAAGAACAAGCCCUUGCUAGUCCCCCCUUCAUUUACUCCACACAUGGGUUGCCUGUGGCGUCUGGGCCGCUUGCUCUCCAAUGGUAGCAAAACACAGCAAGAAUCCAUGGUUUCUGCCUGGUGGCUGUGUGUGGCUGGCCUCCUGGGGGCCUGCGGGCUGAGCGUGGACGCCGUGGAGGACACUCCCUGUGCUGGACUGGCUGGAGCAAGGGCAGAUAGAGCAGACGGGGCUUGGACAUUUGGGAUGAAGAGCUGGUGGCCUCAGGGCUGAAAUGACACGUGGGCAACUCAUCAAAAUGUGCCUCCCAUGCUCUAGAGAAAAUCCCUGCCAGGGUCUGCGUGGCCUUUGCAGGAGCAUCUGGCCCAUCUGGAGGUGGGCUUGAGGGGACGGGGCCACAAGGAAAUAGAAACGGUAGUGAGGUUCACAUGUGCUAACAUUCACAGAUGUCAAAGUAGUCCCUCGGCACGAUCCACUUAAUAGCUGUCUUCCAGGUUUUAUAACUGUCUUGAGUAAGACCACGUACAACAGGCCGGGCGCGGUGGCUCAAGCCUGUAAUCCCAGCACUUUGGGAGGCCGAGACGGGCGGAUC